AUGGUCGAGAAGACCCGAGCGGUCGACCACUUUGUCUCGAUCCACGGCCAUGACAGUCCUCCAUCUCACCAUGUCCUCGUGCCACCACCGCCUCCUGUCCAACCCAACAAUCAACAGACACCCGACAAACGGUGCCAAACGGGCCGUCCUCGACGCGACGUCGCGUCACCAACGCGCACAGCGCGGCAAGCACGAACCAUUUCCACAGCAACUACUGACACAGACGACGUCACGAUAAAGGAGCUUCUGUUCAAGGUGGUGCCGUUUGCAUGCAGCAAAGCUGACGGUGCCCGUGCGUGCCAACUCAUCAUCACGUGCCUCGACAAGCUACACCUCCACCGACAGCCACUCACAUGGACAGAACACCGACUCGUAUCCGACGCCCUGCGGCGUGUGCACAGCACGAACAACGCGUGUGCAAAGAUGUAUGCCACGCGCGGCCUCGGGAUGCUGUGUCGAUGGCCGCCGACGCAGUGUACGCCAUGCACAUGA